AUGUUGGUCGUAAUUUUGAUUGCGGUGCUGACCCGGUCAACGCCACCAACGCUGUACAACAAACAGUUCCGAUGUCAAUUCGUGCACCGAAUGACCGGUUCGAUAAUUAAUCCGUCCACUCUGCCUGAACCGAGCCUUUUGACCAAUCUUCGCAAAGAUUACAUGACUUUAGUCAAACAUGCCUUCAGUAUGGAUACUGCUGAUCCUUUAUUGAAAGUGGAGAUCUUAGACAUCACCCCCAGUUUGGGAAGAAACGACACAUUCACAGUAGUUUUCCUCAUGAAAUUCGCCGAAAACAUUAGUGGUGAGUAUACGGUGAAAAAGGUAGUUGCAGGUCUACGAGCUAUUCCGAACGUCGAUGAAAAUUCUGUCAGAGUUACUGACGUGCAGAAGGCAUGCAGAAGUUUUCUCGAGAAUACGGCUUUGGCACUGAUAGACCAUUGCAGCGAUACUAAUGCUGACUAUGAACCUGGCUGCAUUCAAGAAUGUUUAGAUGACUACUUCUAUUGCGCGCAGACGAAAGUGUGUCUUAGGCCAGAUCAGCGGUGCAACGGCGUUUUCGAAUGUGGCUUGAACGAUACAAGUGACGAAAAAGAUUGUAAAUGUUCGCCCGUCCAGUUCCGCUGCAACAAUGGCCUAUGCUUGUCCCGUAAGGUUCUAUGUGAUAAUAAAAAUGACUGUGGCAGCUGGGAAGACGAGAAAAACUGCACAUGCAAACCUGACUUCCUUCAGUGUACCGGCACGGGUCAGUGUUACAACCAGUCGAAAUGGUGCGAUUAUCAUGCGGACUGUGGAGAUUUGUCUGACGAAACAAACUGUAUAAAUGCGACAUUGUAG